AUGUACCUCGACUCCGAUGGAUCCGGAACGAGCGAGGCCUGCGUCUCUGCCACCAUCGGCCAAGAGCGCAUUCAAGCCGCGACCGAGUGGCUGGAGGCGAACGGGAAGAAGGGAAUCAUCGGUGAAUUCGCCGGUGGCGCCAACGACCAGUGCAAGUCCGCCGUUACCGGUAUGCUUGAGGAGAUGUUGGGGUUGUGGGUUGGGAUUAAGGGACUUGAGAGUUUCGUCGCUAGGAUGUUGACUUCUUUUACAUAG